GAGGCCAUUUUUAUACAGUGAAUCACAUAACGGUACAACAUAACUGGCACCACGCAGAUUCAUAGUUCGUCGAAUGAAUCUCUUUAUACGCGUGUGUCCAGAGAAGCAUUGAUCGGCUCGGCUACACUUGGAGUUGUCUUUGUGGCUGGUUAUUACAUUGGCAAAAGAAGAUCCACAUUUUCCAUGGACAUCUUCAAGAGUCACUCUGGGGCAAAAGAUAACCCUUUGAUGCAGUAUGUCCUCAAUCAUUCAAUGAGGGAGCAUCCGGCCCUGAAAAAACUCCGACUGAGGACUAUGGAUGAUUCGUGGAACUUCAUCAUGGUUGCCGCUGAGCAGUCUCAGCUGAUGGCUAACCUGGCAAGACUCAUCAAAACCAAGAAAGCUAUAGAAAUCGGAGUAUACACAGGGUACAACACUCUGAGCAUAGCGCUGGUUCUGCCAGACGAUGGGAAGAUGGUGGCCUGUGACAUCAAAGACGAAUACCCCAACAUCGGCAAACCCUUCUGGAAAGAGGCUGGAGUGGAACAUAAAAUAGAUCUACGCAUCCAGCCGGCAUUGAAAACUCUAGAUGACCUCUUGGCCAAUGGCGAGGCCGAGACAUUUGACUUCGUCUUCAUCGAUGCAGACAAAGCAAACUAUGACAACUACUAUGAAAAAUCCCUCCAGCUAGUGAGGAAAGGAGGCAUUAUUGCCAUUGAUAACGUUCUGUGGAGUGGGAAGGUGGUGAACCCUGCAGCUGAUGACAUUGACACCCAGGCUAUUGACAAGCUGAACAAGAAGUUGUACCGGGAUGUCAGGAUCAACAUCAGCAUGCUCACUGUGGGAGACGGAGUGACACUGGCCUUCAAACUCUAACACUAUGUAGGAGACAGGUCUUAAAACUAUAGUACUAAAUGGAAGAUUGGCCAACACUGGUCUGUACUAUAGUAUCGAAGUAGUGACAAGUAGCUUUGGGGUAUGAUUGGCCAACACUGGUCUGUACUGUGGUAAACUGUAGUACCCAAUUACUGAGAAGUAGCUUUACAUUACGAUAAUCAGAUAGUACUUGCCAAGUGCUGACUUUUAAAAUGGUUGUUUAUAGGUCAUUAAAUCCAUGUGUGUAAUGCUGCCCUUGAAUAUAUGUGACCUGAAAAGGUUUAAAUUGAAGAACUAGGAAUGUCGAGUUAAUCAGGUAACUUUAAUUUUUGUGCAUUUUUUUUAAAUAUAUUGUCUGAAGGCCUUCAAAAAUAUACUGAAAACAAGUCGAGUGUCUGCUUUCUCAAUUUACAUCAUUUUGCCAACCGUUACUUUAGAUAAAACUAAGAUGUCAACAUUCUUGUUUUGUUUUUUUAAAAUGAAAAAUCUUAAAUCACACCUUCAUUUGAGCAAAUUCUGAAGUUGUGAUAAUUCACAGCAAACCCUGUGAUUAAAUAAAACUUGAUGGCCCUAGAAAAGGACCAAAGUAAUGUGUAA